CCCUACACCCCCACCAUGAAACAAAGCAAAUGUGUAGUGAAAGCCUGAAAGAGAAUAACACCAUCUUCAAGGCUAUCUCUUGGUUCACAAUCCUCCCAUCACUUCAAUCUCCCCCAAAGUCAUGCCUUCCCUUUCAAUGCAACGACCAGUUGAUGUGUACCUCAGCUAUCACAAAGAUUACCUCAACAAGAAGAACAAAAUAGAGGAGGAAAAAGGACUCAAAAGCAUGAGGGUCAGUGUAACAAAGACAAUUCUCAUUCUCUUCUUUAUCCUCUCAAGCAUCACAUUAUUCAGGCUCCUCAAGAUCACAACCAGUACUUCAUCUUCCUCUCCAAACCUUACUCUACCUCUAAUUCCACUGCACACCCCUGCACACCAUGAUUCCACUGCUGCUGCCGUCUUUACGGCGAAAGAACUCCAACUCCUAUCCAAAAUUGUAUCCUUUAGAGCCCCCUGCAACUUAUUAGUAUUUGGGUUUCAACCCCAAUUCCUCCUCCUCUCCUCUAUUAAUGCUGGUGGAACUACAGUCUUUCUUGAAGAGAACCCAGAAAAGAUCAGGGCUUUCUCAACAAAAUCCAAAAGCACUCGUAUCUACAAAGUUGAGCAUCGUACUGUUGCAGGAGAAGCAUAUAAGCUUCUCAAGCAAUCAAGGGAAGACCCUGCUUGCUCACCUCAACAGAGGCCACUCCAAGCCUCAACCUGCAAACUGGCAUUGACAAAGCUACCAAGGGAAGUAUAUAAGCGCAAGUGGGACGUGGUCUUGAUCGAUGGACCAAGAGGAGACAGCCCAGAGGCACCUGGGAGGAUGGCUGCAAUCUACACCAUUGGCAUGAUGGCUAAGGUCGGGAAUGUGACUGAUGUUCUGGUUCAUGAUGUAGAUCGGAUGAUUGAGAAGUGGUUUUCCUGGAAUUUCUUCUGUGAUGAGAAUCUGGUCUCAUCCAAAGGGAAGUUGUGGCAUUUUAGGAUCAAGGGCAACUUGAAUUCUACUAGUUUUUGCUCCAAUUCAAUAGUUCAAAUCCAGUAGUAAUUUUAUUAUUUUUCUUUCAGUUAAGAGGCCGAGUGAAACAAACCCAGUUAGGAUGAUGUGAAUACUCUUACAGAGUUAUCUAAGGAAAUAAUAAAAAAAAAGUCUCCAGCUUUUGGAUUA